AUGUCCGAUUUUCGCAAGAGAGCCGCUAAACCUCUUUGGUCAAAAAAUUUUGGCAUGGUAAAAGAUGGACCGAUAAAGAUCGUCGAAAGAGGAAAUCUAACAAAGCCCUCCGAGAAUGUAGCAGACAUUUCGCGAAUGAAAUGUCGUGAUUCGCCGGAAGAUGCGGUCAAGCCACACAAUCAUUGUCGACUGACGACUCAUAUGACCAUCGAACCAGCCAGCCAAUCCUUUUCUAGCCUCAUAACAAAUGACCGCCAGUUUGUCGGAUACAAUACGGUCGUUCAUAUUGUUCCUUUGGAAGAGGAAUGA